AUCCACAAGUCAGAGGUUGAGAAGAGGGUUAGAGCAGGAGAUGCUCUCAUUAUCAUCCAAGAGAUGGUCUUUGACGUGUCGACAUAUAUCAACAAACACCCGGGCGGUGCUUUCAUCCUCAAGAACAACUAUGGGAGAGAUUCAUCCGAGAAAUUUUUGAGGAUACACAGCAAGCAUGCCCAUCAAGAGCUCGCUAGAUUCUACAUUGGAGAU